UCUCUCCUCCCUCUGGCCUCCAUGUGACAAGAGAAAGUGUUCUGCCCAAUACGAUUCGCAUGGAUCGAGUUACUGGCCCUCUCGCGCUGCGCCGCUGCUGCUCACUUCACUCACUCACUCACCAGUCUCUGCCGCGCGGGGGGCGCACCGACCCACCGCUCCACACACACUCCGCUUCUUCUCACAUCCAUUCAGCUCGAUUCCGCAUCGUUGUCCGAAGAUGACCGUGACUAUUGCGGGGCCAUCCACGAGCCUAACCUCCACCAACCGCGGAGAGUAGAACCGGAGCCGAGGAGAGAGAGAGAGAUUAAGCCACCUCUCUCUCGUCUCUCCCCAUCAUCUGCCUCAAUCCUCUGGGCAGCAAACCGACAGCUGAAGACACAGCGAUUUCUGCUGAAAUCUAGCUCUCACCCACAAACACUCUUCUGCUUUUAGCUCUCAAGCCGCGUGAAUUGUGGAAGUAAUUUAACACAAGGAUUUUUUUUCCUGAUCUGUAUUCACUGAAGAUGGAUAAUAUAAACGUGGAGUCGGUGGAGAAGGAGUGCGGGGCGCUUGGUGGAUUAUUCCAGGCGAUUGUCAAUGAUAUGAAGUGUUCAUAUCCUGUCUGGGAAGACUUCAGUGCCAAGGCCACCAAGCUGCACUCUCAGCUCCGAACCACGGUUUUAGCAGCAGUGGCAUUUCUGGAUGCCUUUCAGAAGGUUGCAGACAUGGCGACCAACACAAGAGGUGCCACCAGAGACAUCGGAUCAGCGCUGACCCGCAUGUGUAUGAGGCAUCGCAGCAUUGAGGCUAAACUACGCCAUUUUACUAAUGCUUUGAUGGAGAGCCUGAUCACUCCACUACAGGACCGUAUUGAAGACUGGAAGAAGACAGCCAAUCAACUGGACAAGGACCAUGCCAAAGAGUACAAACGGUCUCGUCAUGAAAUAAAGAAGAAAUCUUCAGACACCAUGAAAUUACAGAAGAAAGCCAGGAAAGGCCGGGGGGAUCUUCAGCCACAGCUGGACAGUGCAAUGCAGGAUGUGAAUGACAUGUACCUGCUGAUGGAGGAGACGGAGAAACAGGCGGUGCGGCGUGCUUUAGUGGAGGAGAGAGGACGCUUUUGUACCUUCAUCAGCUUCCUGCAGCCUGUAGUGAAUGGAGAGAUUGCCAUGUUGGGAGAAAUCACUCAUCUCCAGGCCAUUAUUGAUGACCUCACCGUGUUAACCUCAGACCCCCACAAACUGCCCCCAGCAAGCGAGCAGGUAAUAAAAGACCUUAAGGGUUCUGAUUACUCUUGGUCCUACCAGACUCCCCCCUCUUCUCCCAGCAGCUCCGGCUCCAGGAAAAGCAGCAUGUGCAGCAGUGUAAACAGCGCCCAUAGUAGCGCCUCUCGAUCCUCUGGUGGCUCUCAGACUCACUCACCCAGUUCGUCCUGUCGCUACCGCAGCCUGGCCCAACCGCUAACAACCGCUGCACACCGCCUCAGCAGCGUCUCCUCCCAUGACUCCGGCUUCAUCUCCCAGGACGCCAACGUCUACUCCAAACCCCCAUCACCCAUGCCCUCCGAUAUAACCAGCCAGAAGUCGUCAAGUUCAGCAUCCUCAGAAGCAUCAGAGACCUGCCAGUCAGUUAGUGAGUGUAGCUCUCCAACCACAUUUGGCUCGUCCUUCGCUACCUUCCGCCCUGCUCUCUCUCACACUGGCUCCAUCAGGCCUUUCUCUGUUAUACUUCCUGCGUCCCCACCCUAUAACCGCUCCCCUGGAUCCAACACACCCUCUCCCACAUCCAAGGUUCCUUGCUGGAAGGACUGGUCCAAGGUAGGUUCCAGUGAGCAGCCACUGGCCAGCACGCUUCAGAGGAGGAAGGAGCCUCUGGAUAGGCUGAGGGAGGCAGAAACCUCUCCUCAGUCACAGGGGUAUUCUGGGAUGCAUUCAGAAGACCCCCAGAGGCCAAGGAUGAACCCAGCCACUAUAGCUGCCAAGCAUGGUGAGGAGGUUUCCCCAGCUGCUAGUGAUCUAGCUAUGGUCCUGACACGAGGCCUCAGCAUGGAGCAGCAGAAGAGCAGCCGAGACUCUCUUCAGUAUUCUAGUGGAUACAGCACUCAGACAACCACCCCAUCCUGCUCUGAAGAUACCAUCCCCUCACAGGGCUCCGAUUACGAUGGUUACUCAGUGAACGGAGACACUGAGGCCGAUGCUCAGGCUGAAUUCGAUAAAUCCUCCACGAUUCCCCGUCACAGUAAUAUUGCCCAGAACUACCGGCGCAUGAUACAGACUAAGCGUCCCGCCAGCACAGCAGGCCUGCCCAGCGGAGUGGGUGCUCUGGGCGGACCACCCGGGGGAGGGGGCGGAAUUCCCGGUACGGCCACUAUUCGCCGAACACCGUCUACGAAGCCCGGAGUGAGGCGCACCCUCUCCAAUGCUGGCCCUAUUCCUAUACGCCCACCCAUCGUGCCAGUCAAGACCCCUACUGUGCCUGACUCACCCGGCGGGUACACUGGCCCUCCCGCCCGUGUGGGCAGUGAAGAAUGUGUCUUUUAUGUGCCGGAUGACGCCUCCCCGGGAGCGCUGGAGUACGUGAAGGCCUCUCCGAAGCGGCUGAGCCUGCCUAACACAGCCUGGGGCUCAGGGGGUGUAGGCGGCUUAGAGAUGAGCGUCUACGGCCAACCGGGCGAAGAAGAUCACCUGCUGGCUGCCAAUCGCCACAGUCUGGUGGAGAAGAUUGGGGAGCUGGUGGCCAGCGCUCACGCCUUAGGUGAGGGCCAGUUCCCUUUCCCCACGCUUCCAAACCAGCCCCCGCCAGGCCCCGAGUCCCAACCCGAUCCCGAAGCGCCCCAGGAGGGUGAGGACAUGCUGAGGUCUAUUCGUCGAGGGGUGCGACUGCGCAAAACCGUCUCCAACGACCGCUCAGCACCCCGGAUUUUGUGAUGCCUCCUGGAGAGAUGGGAGAAUAUGAGCGAAGUAACCCAGAAAAAAAACUUCACAAUGACUCUUUAGAAAAUGAGCUAUGAAAAAGAGGAUUAAAAAAUUAAAUGUUUAAAGUCAUUAUAGAAAAUAAUGAAUAACAGUAAUGAAAAAAAGUAAAUGAUAUGUAACAGCAGGCUCAGGCCACUAUAACUCUUAGCGUGUCCGAACGCAUGUUUGUCUUAUUAACACGCCCAUCACCGCGGGAUAGUUGAACUUUAGUGAGACAAUUAACUACUGACAGAACAAGGGACCAGGAUGUCCGCAUGGUCCCUGUAGAAUAACGGCCCUCUCCAAAUUAUGGACCCCAGGAAUCAGUGCUGGAGAAGCUCACGGGGUACGCUGGGGCUCGUCGCAAAUCCUUGUCCUCCACAACACUCUCUCUAAUCCCCUCCCUCACCUCCAGUAAAAUUAACAUCACAUCCUGAAAGUCUUGUGGUAUAGCUGUUGUGUGUUGGUCUGCAGUCUGGAGGUGAGCAGGGCUCUGCUGCAGGUCAGCUCGUGGUUGCAUAGAGGGACAGGAUUUUUCUUUUGUUUGUACACUUCCGUUGUCUUGUUUGUUUUAUUUACAAGCAGUUAAUCGCCUCCUAGCUCCUAAGCGUAGGAAACAUUCAUGUCAGGUAUGUGGAUUUUUGUAGAUUUAGGGUAAAAAACCGCCAUGAUAAUGUGGAGCAAUAAUGCUUUUUUCCUUUUUUUUUUUUCUUUGAUGGGGGAAGGUUUCGAAGAUCAGCUUUUAAUAAAGUUGUGCGUUUUUGAUGUUCAGGUGUCUUUGGGGAAGCAGAUGCUUUCGAAGACUUCUUGUUGAGUCUAAUUAUGGCUUAUUUAAAAAGAAAAUGAGAAAUAGAAAGGAUGCAGAGCACUUUUAAGGCGUAGUUUUGACCACUAGUUGUCACUGUGGCCACACUGUGUGUGGUGAAUGCUGUGAGAUGCCGUGGUCACGUGCCCUGGUACAUAGGGAGACGAAUGCGUGUAGCAAUGUUAUGAUAUAGGAAAAAAGAGAGAGAUGGGAUGUGAAGCAGAGAUGGACGUAAGAAGAAUGAUUUGGCAACACUUUGCAGUAGGAUCAAUUUGUUAACAGCAUUAAUUAAUGUAUUAGGUAUCACAAACUAACAAACAGAAUUUAUUAAUCUAGAUUAAUGUUCAUUUCUACAUAUCAUUGUGCAUUUUUUAUAUUUCAAGUGGUAUAAUGAACAAACAAUAGUACACUGCCAUUCAAAGGGUUAGCGUCAAUAAAAUAUUAAUACAUUUAUUCAGCAAGUAUGCUUUGAUCAAAAGUAACAGUAAAGACAUUUAUAAUGUAACAAAAUAUUUCUGUUUCAAAGAAAUACUUUUUGUUUGAACUUUCUAUUUGUCAAAAAAUUUAUAAAUAAAAUGGAUCACUGUUUCCAGAAAAGCAGCCAAACAAAAUAUAAUUUCAGCCCUGAUAAAAAAAAAAAAAAAAAAAAAACUGCUUUGCCAUGACAGGAAUUGUUAGUAAAAUAAAAAUAGGGGGAAAAAAAUAAUAUAUAUUUUUUAAAUUGUAAUAAUAUUUCACAAUAUUACAAUAUUGCUGCAUUUUUUAUUUGACUUCUUUCAAAGACAUUAAAAAUAUUACUGCCCCCAACCUUUGAACGGUAUAUAUUUAUAAAUUAGCAUUAACUAGAUAAAUAAAUGUUUUUUUUUAAAAGCAUUGUUCAUUGUCCAUGUACACCUAGUGAUACCUAUUGCAUUAACUGUUAACCAGUUGAAUCUUAUUGUAGAGUGUGACCAAUGAUCUUGAAAGGGAAUCGGUUGACGCAUUAUAUUUCAUUUCCAAUUUGAGCUUCUAAAAUAAGUUUUAAAAAGUUUUGCAGGAAAUGUUCUUUUACUUGUCAAGCCUCAAACCACAGUCCCUUGAUACAUCUUUAGUAGGGGUGGAGAGAACGAGCUAAGAUGAAGGCACACACCUGGCUGCCAUUUUUUGGGACAUAAGAAUGAACUUUGGAUCUGCAGAGGGAAGAAGGGAUGAAUAAAGGAGGUGGAGAGAAUGAACUCUGGGAAGAAAACUCAUCCAGUUGUUUAUGAUAAAAGCAUUCCACUGCCUGUUUUAGAUGAUAUAGGAGUAAAUACCUACGACACGAAAGGUCGCUGGUUACCCGGUUCACCCGACGUGAAGAAAAACAAUGCUCUGUGAUGAUACUGGAUGUGGAAGUGAUACGUAGGAGGUCAAAACAUAGUUUUAGUCAUGUAGUGUCUGUUUGUGAGUGACUUUCUGUUCUCCCAAGACUCCCUAUAACCCCUGCGGUCAUUAAUAGUGCUGUUGCGCCAGACACUUGCUCCUUACUCUGACUUUUGGGUUGUUUUUUGAAUUAUUUAUUUUGCAUAGAGCACUCUGUUUUAGGAAUGCCUGUAGCGUGUUCAAAAGGAAAAAGUAUGUCUGCUUUGUGACAGUAUGUAUGACUGUGCCGAUCUCUCGCUGAAAAUAGUGCCGUUCUGGAAUGCCGAGGCCAUAUUGAGAACAGGCUGGAAUGAAGGAACAAGGCUACGGCAAUUCAAAGCCCACACUGCCAGCCGAUCAGCAGGUCAGAACUUUGUAUAUAUUCAUAUAUAUAUAUACAUACCGUAUAAGAAUGCGAACAGUACAAGUACUGUAGCUUCACUAAAAACAAAUGUCCCACACAAAUGUUGUCUUACAAUGGGGGUCAAGGGGUGGGUGAGGAAUCAGUCGACAAGUGAAUUAAGCAGCAAUAUAGUAAAGUUUGCUGAACAAAGAAAUCAUAUCUAACUGUUACAUAUCCACACAUUUCAUGUGAAAUGCUUUAUGUAGGCUAUUAACAUGACAAGGAUAAAGUUCUCAGAAGUUCCAUUCAUAGCAUUUCAUAUGCAUACACGUAAAGGCAGAAGGAUACGAUAGGAAGGAAGAUGGAGAGUUGAUAAGAAGCGAAAGAGAAAGAAGAAUGGAAUGAGCAAGAGUGAGAAAGACAAGGCCAGUGGAGAAUAAUUGGUGAAAGAAUCGGUAGGAAGCAAAGCGGAGAAGAAGCAAGAGGGGGGUGGGGGGACACAAAAGCCUGAUUGCAGGUAGUUGGCUUACUGUUGUC